UGCAGUUUGUUGGAUAAUGAUGUUCCUGCUUCCCUUUGUCUUGUCUCCUCUUUAUGUACAUGGUGAAGCUCCCACAGUUCUAGAGGUUCCUCAAACUUCUGCUUUAUCUGGUUAUUUGUCACAUGGGGAUGUGAUCACAGCAGUUGAUGGUUCAAGAAUUCGGUAUCCCAGUGACUGGACCAAGAAGAUGAUCCAGAUUAAUUCCCAAAUGCUUCAGACAACAUUCAGUGGGAAGAAGGGGUAUUGUGUCCCUCAUUCUUGGCUAGUCGAGACUAAUAUUACUCGAAGAAUAGAGGACAACUUUUCUUGUCCUGGCGAGCUUGCUAUUUUUGCGAGUAUUCCCUGUUUAUCUUCUAGCUUGUCAGAUGGUAUCAGAAAUGAGGAUAGGAAUGCAAACAGAACAGUAACUAAGCAAUGCUUGAAUGCCAAAUAUGUUAUAAAGCUUAAAAAAUGUGGGGAUGGAUGGGAGGUGACUGGAAGUGACCAAACCAGUUGUGCAUGUUUGGAGGUAUAAAUUUUUUGUUCUGGUGGUACUUGAUCAUAGUUACAUAAGUUCCAUUCUGAUUUUUCUGCAAAUGAAUGCAGAAUUAUUCUGUAAAAACCUUAAAAGUAUUACAAAUCUAAACUGCUUGACUUAUCUUGAGGGUUCAGGUAAUGUCAUUAGCAUGGUUAAAAGACCAAUUGAUCGCUCUACAAUGUUGAAUAAUUAAGAAAUAACAUGUCAUUAGGAAAUUGACAUUAGGAAAUUGACAAAUUACAAAUCUAAACUGCUUGACUUAUCUGAGUUGUUCUAUGUCAUUAGGAAAUUGACCAGCACAGAUGUAGAAAAAAUACAAUCCGUUCUAUGUCAUUAGGAAAUUGACAAUUUAUCUGAGUUGUUCUAUGUCAUUAGGAAAUUGACCAGCACAGAUGUAGACAAAAUACAUAAACCCUAAUUUUAUAUAAACCCUAAUCAUAAAAGCUUGUGUAUCAUGUUCUAAUUAGAAAAAGGAAUCGAUUUUUUGAUCUAAUUACAAGAAAAUUAAAGGCCUGAUCAUCAACUGAAG